AUGAGCUCCUAUUUUGUAAACUCAUUUUGCGGUCGCUAUCCAAAUGGCCCGGAGUACCCGUUACAUAAUUAUGGAGAUCCGAGUGCCGUGAGCGAGCAAUUCAGGGAAUCGGCCAGCAUGCAUUCCGGCAGGUACGGCGGCUACGGCUACAAUGGUAUGGACCUCAGCGUCGCCCGCUCUGCUUCCAGCCACUUUGCGCCAGGGGGGGCCACAGAGAGGGCUCGCGGCGGCAGUUACCCCUCCAGCGCCAGCGCCAGCGCCAACGCCAGCGCCGCCACCCCCGACGCCAGGUACGCCAACCGGGCGGCGGCCGCUCACUCGCCUCCGCCUGAGUCGCUGCCUUGCGCCGCCGUGACCGCCUCGCCUGUCAGCGGCGACGCUCAUCACGGUGGGGGGAAAACCUCCACCGUUAACUCGACCACCAGCACUUCGUCCACCUCCAGCGGCACCGCCAACGCCGGCGGCAGCGCCAGCAGCAACGGCAGCGCCAGCGCCAGCACCAGCCACCUGGGCAGAGAAGGGCUUAGCACGUCGCCGGUCGCCCAGGAGGAUCCUCCCGCCAACAACGAGCAGGCGUCCUCUCAGCAGAACGACCAAAACACAGCUCAACAGGCUCCCCAGCCCCAGAUCUACCCCUGGAUGAGAAAACUUCACAUAAGCCAUGACAACAUAGGGGGGCCCGAAGGGAAAAGGGCUCGGACAGCUUACACCCGAUACCAGACCUUGGAGCUGGAGAAAGAGUUUCACUUCAAUAGGUACCUGACCCGCAGGAGGAGGAUUGAAAUAGCACAUGCUCUUUGCCUCUCAGAGAGACAAAUCAAGAUAUGGUUUCAAAACAGGCGCAUGAAAUGGAAAAAGGAUAACAAGCUGAAGAGCAUGAGUAUGGCAGCUGCAGGAGGAGCCUUUCGCCCUUAAGAGAUAUGCCAGCCCUGCUUCUCUCCCCCAUCCCCCCACCCCAUCCCAGAGAGGGAAAAACAAUACAAGUACAAAAACACCACAACAAUUCAACAGUAUUAUAUAAAUGCUGACCCUGCGUAGGCGCAGUCAGUAAUUGCUCUUUGCUUAACUUCCCUAAAAGGGCGAAUCAACCCUCUGCUGAUGUAUCUUAAUAAUCAUGAGCCUGUUUAAUUGAGCCUUCCUAGUGCGCGGCGUUUUACAGUAGAUCGGCUUCCCUGUGCAUUUCUUUGUCUUGAAUAGCUUUGUCUUUUUUUUUUUUUACGUAGAUGUUUUAACUUAUUUAUAUGAAGCAAGUGGCGUUACUUGAAGUAAUUGUAAAAACAGGAAAAAAAUAGUCCUACGCAAACAUUAAAAAAAGGAAAGGAGGCUUCCCUUCCUUCCCUUCCUUCCUCCUUCCCACACCCCACUCUCAGUCUGGUUUAAACCCAGUGUUUUUCUCUGUGUUGUUUCCCUCGCUGUGCUUAACCAUGCAUGUGUGUUUGAACGUGUCAGUGUAUGUAUAACUCCAAGCUGUGGCCAAGAUUUCCAAUCAGAAAAAAUACUACCUAAUUCCUGUGUCAUUAAUGACUGUUGUAGAGGUGAAAUAAUGAAACAAGCUGAACUUGUCCAAACGUGUAGUGAAUAGUGAAUCUGUGACGAAAACUGUGAUUCCAGACAGUAUGUCCUUGCUGUGCCUUUGUAUAUGACUUUUUGCACGAACACUUAAAAAAUGGCUUUUAUUAAGCGCAGCUUCGGAAAAGUAAAAGGGUUGGGGGUGUUGUUGUUUUUGUUUUGUUUGUGGUCAAAGUUACAAAUAGAGUCAAAAUUUGGCUAUUUGAACAAAAAUGUGAUUUUUUUAAAAAGAAAUGUGGAUUUUUUUUAACUGACUGGAAAAAUAAACUUUCUUUUAUAAGGGAUCAUCUCCCCCUUUUCUUUCUACUCUGUAUUUUGCCUUUUGAGGGGGAGCUGGUCUGUACCCUACAGAGACUCAUAUAUUGCUCCACAUUUAGUCUGGAGACUAAAGUUGGAGACGAAACUGAGCCCAAUAGCCCCUGUAAACUGGAGCAAAGAUUGCUUUCUGUGUUGAAUGUUGUAUAAGAAACAAAAAAGUGUUUGUCAUUUUUUGGGGGGAAGGAAGAUACCACACUGUUAACUCUUUUUCCCAAACAAACAAACAAACAAACAAGCAUUUGCUUUCCUCAACUUCAUUUCUAAGAACUUUAGCUUUCUAGAGGGAACUAACAAAAAACUAACUGGUGGACAGUUACAGAUAUCUUGCAGAGAGACUCUUACACACAAUCUACCAUGAAUUACACUUCUCCUUGUGCAAUUUUAACAGAUAUUGGGGAAAGACUUAGAUCAACUCAAAUAAAUAUGUAUUUCUUUGUUUAGCUUUGUUACAAUUAAUUUUGCUAGAAAUGUAACACUACUUACCCAACCCAGGGCUUGAAUGGUUAAUGCUUCUGAGUUCCUAAGAGUAACUAAAGAUCUGUAGAUUUACAGGCAAAGUACACUGGUAUCUUCCCUUAAAAGUUAUAAAGCAGUAAACUUUAUAAGCCCAAGUUCCAGCUAUAUGACAUUUAGAUACCAAAUGAAUAGGGUUUUGUCUAUGAAUUACAUCGUAAAAUCAUCCAUAGUACAGACAGAUAGGCUCACUGGCUAUAAAAAGUCACGUGGUGCCAUUAAAGUAAGUUUUAUGGUUCUGGGGAGUUGUCAUCCAACAUUAUAUACCACAUAACAUAUAAUAACACUGACGCUGGACUUCAUUUGACUCUCUUACAGGCUACGUGCGCCUCCUGGUCAUUCAAAUUGUCAGGGUUUAGGUACAGAAGUAUCUCUCCCCAAGUUCUCAAAUACUCAGUGAAAAAAAGCGCUCAAGGUAAGUUAUGUGCGCAAGUUGCUUAAGUUUAUUUUUUCAGUAGAGAACUCGGCUAUAUUUUUGCCUUACUCCUUGUUUUUGGACCUGGCAGUAUUUUGAAAUAAUCCAAUAACCGCUUCAAGGGGCUGCUUUAAAGACAGGGUGAUUUUUACAAUCUGCUCCAAAUCCUAUGUAAUUUGUACUUUUCUGGAGUUGAGCUGAUAAAUAUAAGAACAACAAAUUUUAUUCUCAUCUUAAUCCCAAAUCAAACAUUACAGUCUGAAGCAAGAAAAGCAGAACAAGAGUCUUUGGCAGAGAUGGAUUUUGAGGCCUAACUUUAAUUAUGUUGGCUAAAGCAAAUGAUAAUGACUUCCUUUGCUCCAUGAAAGAUUUUUGUUUGUUUGUUUCUAUCAAUUGUAUUUAUGGGAAGAAGAGUCCGCAGGCCAAUUUAAAAAGAAAUAAUUGGAGGGAGAUGGUUUUGGCUAUAUACCUGUUGGAAGAGUCAACAACCCCAUUGUUAUUGGCAUGUCUGGAAUAUUUUCAUCUAGAUGAAAUAUUUACAUAUAACAAUAAAGGUGUUUUAGUUGAUUUUAAA